UAAACAACGCACUGACGUUUGGUCUUGCUUGCUACUAAACGCGCCACCACAAACACCAUUAACUCUGCGUGCUUUUUCGUUCUAGUCGGGUAUAAAAAAAGUGUCUAUCAGCAGAAUGAGGUCGGCUCUGCUUCAUGUUACAGUGGUUUUCAUAUUCUGCGUUGCUUUGUCGAACACUAACAUGUUCAGUGACGUGGAAGUGGACUUGACUUACGACCAUUACGCAGAAAAAAGAGACGAAAACAUGCCUGCGUUCUUGGCAAUGCCAUUUAACUGUCUGGUUAAUUUGGCCUAUAUCUUCAUGGGACUGUACUGGCUGCUCUGGCACAGAGGCGUUAAGGAAACGAAGCAAAGCUGCUACAUGAGGGAGGUCUUCGCUCUCAUGGCUGUCUUUUACGCACCGGUACAGUGGACGCGCCUGGCAACACUGGGGCGCGCCCCCGCCGUGCUAGACCAAUGGUUCACCUUGCCGAUCUUCGCGUGGGUUCCUGUCUGGAUUGACUUCAUAGAAAGCGCACCGGGGAAGUGGCGCGCGUCGCACGCGGCAAUACUCGAACUGUGCUCCGUCGCCAGUUACGGCCUGGCGCUCGCGCACGAACGAGGCUUUGAGGUGGCUUUGGGGUGUCACGUGGCGCUGGCGCUGUACAGAGGUGUCCGCGUGCAGCUGAGGCGCGGGGACAGCCGCACAGCGGGGUACCUCCUGCUGGCUGCGCUGUCCUGUGCGGGAUUCGUGGCGCUGAAGCUGCUGGAUCACUGGCUCGCUCGGCACUGGAUCUUCCAGAGACUCACUGGACACUUCUGGUCCAAAGUGUGCGACGUGCUGCAGUUCCACUACAGCUUUUGCUUCCUGACUGCAUUAACAGACGAGGCCCAGAACAAACCUGCGGCAAAGCAGGAGUGAUCAGGACAACGGAUGUGUUUCAGAGGAUCUACAGCAGCUCAGCGAUUCCAGUAGAUCAAUUUGUAAUCAUAGAGUACACAGAUCAACAGCUAGCAAAUGUAGCUGGAAUCUAAACAUGGUAAAGACUAAAUAAGCCAUCCAUUCUGGUGCAUCUAGCUUAGGUUCACACAUGCCAGCCAAAUUCUGCUUUGGGUCAUAUUUCUGCAAAAACAUGAUGUAUAAAUGUAAAUAUCUCAAGUGGUGUCAAAACUUAGUAUACCUGUAAAACCCACAUCUGGCUAAUUUCAUUAAUCUGAGGAGAUCCUUAAUUCUAAUAAAGUUUUAAUGUGAAAUU